GAGGCAGAAACAUUAGGUUAUCUUCCGAGACUAUCAGACAUCGACCUGUCACUUUUGCCGCUUCGUGCCGAGUCCCCGUAUACUUGAAGAGGAGGACCACAACCACAGCAGCAGCAGCAGCAGCAGCGCCCUGGUCUGGUCGAGCAGCCGCCAGUGAAGAACUCCCAAACGCGGUCGUCUCAGCUGGCAUGAGCUAACCUACCAGGCAGACAUGGAAACCAAACCGUUCUUGUCAUUGGAACACUGAACUGUGGCACCAGAUCCGAAGCACUGAACACAUCAUGAAUCACUUACAGUGGUACUAUAUGCAAGGGUUCCUGAAGCCCCAGUGCUCGUUGGCUCCGCCCAUGCAGCGAGGUCGCUCAGGAGAGGCUUGUUCCUGUUUCAGUGGCAUGUGUCCCCUCCACCAGCGUCGCCUAUCUUCAGACUCGUCGGGCCAGGUGACCUCCUCGCCGCUGGGCUCACCCACAUCCCACCGGGGAAUGCAUCCGUCUCUGCUCAGCCCAACGUCCAUGGGGCCCUCCGGCUCUCUUCACUCUCCCAUCAGCACGCUGAGUUCGCCCAUGAACGGCCUGGCCUCACCCUUCUCCGUCAUCAGUUCGCCGAUGGGUCCCCACUCCAUGAACUCGCCCGGCAUGGGCUACGGCCCCAGUGUCAGCCCCCAGAUGUUCCAGCUGAACUCUCCGAUGAACUCGGUCAGCAGCACGGAGGACAUCAAGCCCCCGCUGGGCCUCAACGGCGUGAUGAAGGUGCCCGCCCAGCCCUCAGGCACGGUCCUGUCGCUCACCAAACACAUCUGUGCCAUCUGCGGUGACCGCUCCUCAGGUAAACACUACGGGGUAUACAGCUGUGAGGGCUGCAAAGGUUUUUUCAAAAGGACGGUGCGCAAAGACCUAACCUACACGUGUCGUGACAACAAGGACUGUGUCAUUGAUAAGCGCCAGAGGAACCGCUGCCAAUACUGCCGCUACCAGAAGUGUUUAGCCAUGGGCAUGAAGAGAGAAGUUUUGUUACAUGCAGCCGUUCAGGAGGAGCGCCAGCGAGCCAAGGAGAGAAAUGAGAACGAGGUGGAGUCCACCAGCUGCGCCAACGAGGACAUGCCCGUGGAGAAGAUUCUGGAAGCAGAGCAGGCAGUGGAACCCAAAACCGAGACCUACAUUGAGACCAACCUUGGUGUGCCAUCCAACUCGCCCAACGACCCAGUGACAAAUAUCUGUCAGGCGGCAGAUAAACAGCUCUUUACCCUGGUUGAAUGGGCCAAGAGGAUCCCCCACUUCUCUGAGCUGCCGCUGGAUGACCAGGUCAUCCUCCUACGAGCAGGUUGGAAUGAGCUCCUCAUUGCAUCAUUUUCGCACCGUUCGAUAACGAUUAAAGACGGGAUUCUGUUGGCGACCGGGCUGCACGUCCACCGAAACAGCGCCCAUAGUGCCGGAGUAGGAGCCAUCUUUGACAGAGUGCUCACAGAACUGGUGUCAAAGAUGAGAGACAUGCAGAUGGAUAAGACAGAACUGGGGUGCCUUCGAGCUAUAGUCCUUUUCAACCCAGACUCUAAAGGUCUGUCCAACCCUGGUGAGGUAGAAGCUCUGAGAGAGAAAGUGUAUGCGUCUUUAGAGGCCUACUGCAAACAGAAGUACCCCGAGCAGCCUGGCAGAUUUGCCAAGCUGUUGCUGCGGUUACCAGCGCUGCGCUCCAUCGGCCUCAAGUGUCUGGAGCACUUGUUCUUCUUCAAGCUCAUCGGCGACACGCCCAUCGACACCUUCCUCAUGGAGAUGCUAGAAGCCCCGCAUCAAAUGACAUAAUAGCAGAGGGGGUUGAGCGCUCCUCCCCCUCCCUCGUCCCCCACAUCUCCCUCCAACCCUGGAUCGGGAGCCGGGUCCUUUUCAAAAUCCUGUCUCUAGCAAGGGACCGAUCACUUGGCGACUUUGAAUGGAGGACCUCUACCCUCCCUUCUCUCCUCGGCUCCCUUCUGAUGUGUUUUAAAACAAUGAAUUCAUCAUGUCAAUGGGUCUGUUUUAUACCUUGUAAAAACAAAGGUUAUAUAUAUAUAUAGUCACUUGUGUUUUUGCGUGAUUUUCAUCAUGAAAAUCACGCAAAAACACAAGUGACAACAGUGGACUGAUAUAAGGUUGGACAGAGGACAAAAGAAACGUAUUGAGCCAUCGUUUUCAUCCUUGCUUUUUCUGCACCUUAACAAGAAACAGCAGAGAUGAUCAGGUUUUAACACCCACAGUUAUGCUUGCAGGUAUAUUUAAAAAAUAACGGCGGUGAUGUCAUAUUUGGACACUCAGCGUUGUGAUCGGGACAAUCGUGGACUUGGAGAGGCUGCGGCUUUCUAGACGUGGACCUGAGCCCUAUCUCUCUCUUUCAGGACUGAACUUACUUCGAGGAGGGACUGUGGGGGCACAGUAUGUCUGCUUAAAAGGAACUCGUCUGUUCCUGCCUGACUCCACUGAACACGUCAGGUCUUGCACUAGCUAGUUUUUGAAGUGUGAGCUUUCUGGAGUAGAACUCGGUGGUGGGUUGACAAGACUGCAAGUGCUCAUAAACCUCAGGUCUCUGCCCAGUCCCAACAAAUGCAACCAUGUCUUACUCCAUUAGCACUGUGCAACAUCGGGGAGGAUGACACACUAAUCGGCCCUUCAGUUAAUGUUAAUUGAUUGACCAGUUGAGUUGGGAGAGCUUGUUAUGUACAAUCUGUGCAGAGCCUCUGCACGCAGGAAGAUGCAGGCUGUUGUAAAUUAGCCCUGCGUUUGCGUUAUGCUGCAGGAUGCUCUGAAAGGCUACCAGCAGGUGCAGGGACUUUUGUCAUCCUAUAUCAAAAAUUUGGCCUUUGUCGAAACCUCACAGCAAACUUGGAUGGCUGGAAAGUGAGCACACGGUCUCAUCUGUGGGGGGAAUGUCGUCAUUUCGCCGGCCUCUGAGCUCCUUUUUCGUCCCUUCUCCAACCUCUCCACUUCUCAUUUCACGUGAAUUUCAGCACACCAUUUACACCUCCACACUCAGAAAUCUCUCUGCUCAGCGCAGCGGGUAUUAGCUUUUCGAAACACCUCAUAUCUACCUGUGCAGAAGGUUACAACCGUAUACAGUAUUUUAACAGCACCAAUGCACAACAUGUACCUCUGUUUUCAUCCCUCAGACCGUCAGUUCUUAACACUCAUCUAACCUUUUACAGUAUGCGGGAGAAGUCGCUGCAGCAGAGCCAUUAUUUGUUUAUUUGUUUGUUACUUGGCACUUAACCUCAUGACAGCGGAGUCAGGUUCCUAAACUGAGAGCUGAUGUUGAUGUAAUCGACCUCUGAAGUGGAAUUUGGCCCAGGCCCAAUCAGGAACGCCCCAAUUGUUUUCCUCCUCAGAGGGACAUACACAUUUGCUCUAUCUGCACUUCUCUGGACAACAAAGUGUCAUUCAAGUCGGACUGAAAUGUUAAAUAUCUGUUGUUGUGUAUAAAUAUGUUUUGUGCCCAUAUUCUGCUUUUUCCCCCCUUCUUGUCCUUUUCUCUAAAUGCUGCAGCUGCUGCAAAACUAUGCAUCAAGUGCAUUUCCAAAGACUGUCCACAGACGGGUGCAUGUUAGUAUGGCUUAAACAGGUCGGAUACAUGUUAAAACAAGUGUUUGUGAGGUGUGGGUCCGCCGUAAUAUUUUCCUGGACUGGAGUAAAUCUCUUAUUUAGGUUAGUUUCCCCUCUAUUCGGAUAAUUUGGAAGUCAUUCUGUACUGGUUUAUUCACCAUUUACUGCUACACAGAAAACAAACAGCUACCAGCCCUCAUGUGAAAGUGUGUAAUGGAAUAGUGGAGUUAUAGCCGAGUUUAAGGACAUGUUUAAUACUAGCUAUUGCCUGUUGUCGUACGAUAUGACAAAAGGACUAAAAGAGAAUUAAAUCAAGGAUUUUCUCCCUGUAUCUGCAUAUUCGUCACUCUUUCAUAAGCACCUUAACAUAACCUGGACUUGAAAGAAAAGCAAAAACAAAUCCUAACCAGAGCACUGUGUUUUCAUUAUCCUUUGAUAAACUGAGAUGGUCAAUGGUCUGAGGUGUAUGGAGUCUCGUGUACCAUGUCAGUAAUAAUUUUUCAGUGCUUAACUCGUAAAAUGUAAUAACAUGUAAUGGAUUUGCAUUUCAGUUAUGCAUUGAAAAACUCAAAGUAAAAAAACCCACAAGAUUAUGAUAUUUGUCAAUAAUUCUAUUUCCUUAUUGAUUAAUAAUUUAUUUUUAAAAUAGAAUUAUAAUGCAGAGUUUGAAAAGGCUUUUAAUUUUGACAUCUAUGGGUCUCACAUAUUCUAUCUCAAAAUUAAUUUGUCUCCUGCUUAAACAUUUACAGUUUCCAUUUUGCGAUUGCUUUUAUUUAAAGCAUCGCUAAAAAAAUUAAAUGAAGUCUAAAUCACGGAGCAUUUUAUUGCCCAGCUGUUGGCUUCUUAUCAGCCCUCUGAGCUCAUUUUCUUAUUAUGUUUUUUCAAUUUGUCAACAUAUUAAUUGAGAAUAAUUAAGUCUGAAAAAUGUCUCUAAUAGACUGGUUUCUGUGCAACGUCAUCACCGAGAUGCGCGCGCAACUAGGGGGCAGAAAGCAGCACUCUGUCUUCACGGCAUGAGUUUAUACGGCAUAUCUAGCAGCAGUGUUGGGCAGAUUACCCAGAAAUUGUAAUGAGUUACUUUUCACUUAUUACUCAUUUAAAAAGUGACAGGGAAGCUGUUUAGCAGUGCAUUUUAGAAAUUAAUCCACCUUACUGGAACAAUAUUAACCUGAGGACACACUGCAGCCUCUCAGACCAGAGGAUGCUGCAUCUUAUUGGCUAUGGAUAUAGGCUAUUUAAAAAAACAAACAUUUUAAUUAAUCGCAUAUUCAUAACAGCAGCAAUGAGUAUGAUUUUUACAAAGCAAAACGUUUUUUAGCGCCACUGUCUGAGAUUUUUUUUUUAAAUCAAGCAAGUGUGGCUAGCAGCUGACUUGAACAACAUAAGGUCCGGUUUCCUUGACCUGCCACGCUGUCGCGCAUGUUAUAUUAAUAUGCGAAAUGAUACUCAAACAAUCAGAUCCAACUCUUAAAUGGCAGUUUCUUUUUAAGUAAACAAGAAUUUACAAACAAUGCGUAAUCUACGUUGAUUACAGUUGUUGACCACAGUCUUCUGACCGGCUACCAAAGCGCUUUCGCCCCCUGGCUGCGUGCGCAUCCAGUAGUGUUUGUAUAUAAGAAACCUGUCUAUUAUUCUGGUGGCAUCAUCAGGAUUCAAUAGAAGUGCUGACACCGAUGACACAAUGACCAUGUUUCAAUUUCUCAUAACGAUUCGGGUCCAGUUUCACAGACGGGGCCUCCACUGAGUAGGGGUAACUUUGCAGAAGAGUUGGUUCAGAUGUUCAGCUCUGAAAUGUCACAUACUACACACUUCAAGCAGGACUAAAACAUAUACUGUCAGAGUCAGAGAGCAGUUUGGGUAAGACAGAGGGACGGAGGCAGUGGCUGUUUAACAGAUGUGAGCUCCCUCUAGUGGAAGAGAAGCAGCGGUGCAACAUUACUUGAAUUUUUCUAAAAGUAUUUAAUCAGACAAAAAAAGAUGGCACUUUCUCACGGGGUUAUUGUCAUCAGUGUUCCUCUUGAUCUCAGUAAACCCUCAGUGUCUGCGUUUGUUAUAACUGAAAAGAAAAGUAGCAAUAACUUCAGUAUGACCUAUUGGCUUGUUGUUUUGUUAUUACCGAACAGUUUCAUUGAGGUGGCCUGUGUUACUACAAACUAUCCAGGUGACAGACAGUAUUGACUGCCAGUUCAGCUCAGUUUACAGUAUUUAUAUUCUGGAAACACUUGACUUGUCUGUGAAAACAAAAAAGGACAAGUUUUUUUCAACGCAAGCAUUGUGACAAAGAGAAAAAUUUUCUUUAAGACCGGGAAAGAUUUACUGAUUUCUUUUUCUUUCUUUUCUUUUAUUAAGAGGAAUGUACCUGAUUUGAAUCAAGAAAAGCCGAUAUUAAGCAAUUAAACGUUUUUUCGACUGGGUGACCCAACUUUAAAAUGAAUAUCCUGCUCCCUUAAUUCUGAUGUCCCCUCCUCUUAGUUUACUGUGACCGCAGGUAUUUUAAGCCAUAAAGUGGAUGAUGUGCGAGCUCACUCCCCUGCAGGAAAUGAACUUGACUAGAUAAAGAAAGGAUCACCCACAUAGAAUGAUUACCUACACAAAUGCUUUAUAACAUAAAGCUAUAUUUUGUUAAUAUGUAUAUGUGUAUAUAUUUAUAAAUAUAUAUCAGACAGAUCAGUUUCUUGAGUAUUUCCAACAGUGAAAGAGGGCAAUGAGUCUUUCAGACUAAACUGUUUCACACCAGGUGUUCAACUCAAGUUUUAUGGUGGCUUUUUUUUUAAAACAAAUAUCUGGAGUGUUUUUGCAUUUGGACCUUGACUUUAUAAAAAACAGUCCUGAUCAACCAGCAGAAUUGCAGCAGCUCUAAACUCAAAAUAACCAGCUUCUGUGCAGUUUAUGGGACCUCAAAAAAAAACAUGAAAGAGGAAAAAAAACCUAAAAAGGCUAAGAGUUUAAACCCUCUGAAAUGUAUGUGUUGCUUGGCAAUUGUAUGUUCAAAAAGUGUAAUUGGGAAAAGCUGAGCUUGUGACACAAUCACUGCUUUCUUUGUUGCAUAGCCAGUAAAAUGUUCAAGUGAAGAC